AUGCCGGCUCGCAAGUCUCUCAGAAUCGCCGUCAUCCCUGGCGAUGGCAUCGGAAAAGAAGUGAUGGAACUGGGUGUCUUGUGUCUGGAGACCAUCGCCACAAUCUACAAGAUCCAGCUGGAGUUUGAACACUUCGAUUUUGCGAGCUGUGACUACUACAAAGAGCAUGGCGAAAUGAUGCCCCCGGACUGGAAGGAGAAGCUUCUCCAGUUUGACGCUAUAUAUUUUGGGGCCGUGGGCAUGCCUGAUCUCGUCCCGGACGAUGUAUCUCUCUGGGGAAGCCUGCUUAAGUUUCGCCGCGAGUUUGACCAGUAUAUCAACCUGCGUCCUUGCCGCCUAAUGCCUGGAGUUCCGAGUCCGUUGGCCAACCGCAAGCCGGGAGAUAUUGACUUUUGGAUUGUGCGAGAGAACACUGAGGGAGAGUACAGCAGCAUUGGAGGAAAGAUGUUUGAGGGGACGGACCGUGAGAUUGUGAUUCAAGAAACAGUCAUGACGAGAACAGGAGUUGAUCGCGUACUCCGAUACGCGUUUGAUCUUGCGCAGAGCCGACCGCGCAAGAUAUUGACCAGUGCAACCAAGAGUAAUGGCAUUAGCAUCACAAUGCCUUACUGGGACUCCAGGGUUCAGGAGAUGGCCACAAAAUAUCCAGACGUCACCGUUGAAAAGUACCACAUCGACAUCUUGACAGCUCAUUUUGUGCAGAGACCCAAGAAAUUCGACGUGGUGGUCGGUAGCAACCUAUUCGGAGAUAUUCUGUCAGAUCUCGGCCCUGCAUGCACUGGCACCAUUGGCAUCGCUCCGUCAGCAAACAUCAACCCCGAGGGCAAGUUCCCAAGCCUCUUCGAACCGGUCCAUGGAAGCGCUCCGGACAUUGCAGGACAAGGAAUUGCGAAUCCAGUGGGCAUGAUCUGGGCUGGUCAGAUGAUGCUGCAUCAUUUUGAACAUCGAGAGGCGGCGGAUGCGUUGCUCCAAGCGAUAGAGAAAGUCAUGGCUCGGGCUCAAAAAGAUGUUAUUACGCCGGACAUGGGUGGCAAGGGGACGACUAAAAAGUUUGGAGAGGCCAUUAAGGAUGAGAUUUGGCGGAUGGCAAUAGAAGCCGGGAAGUGGUCGCCCUGA